AUGAGGAAACGCUACAGAUCACCUGCUUCGGCAGUUGGUCGUCCUCGUCAUGAUCAUACCCGCCCAUCACUGUACCCAGACCUGUAUCCAGCAAGAGGACGCCGCAAUUCCUUCCUUUCUGAGCACGCUGCAAAACGCCAUCGAUUUAGUCCAAAGAGAGCUGAUUGUCGCUCAUCACCUCGAUACCACUACCCAACAGAGGAGUACCACAAUUCUUCCCCGGCUGAAAACGUUCUAAAACGCCGCCAAUCCAGUCAAGGAAGUGUCCAUACCCACCCAUUAUCUGAAUACCAGUACCCAGAAAGAGGGCGCCACAACUCCUCCCCUUCUGAAUACGCUGUGUCACACCGCCAAUUUGGUCAAGGAAGUGCUAAUAUCCACCCAUCAAUUGAGUACCAGUACCCAGCAGAGGAGCACCGCAAUUCCUCCCCUUCUGAAUACACUGCGAAACACCGCCGAUUUAUUCAAGGAAAAGCUGCAACCCACCCAUCAUCUGAAUACGACUACCAAGCAGAGGAGUACCGUCACUCCUCCCCUUCUGAAUACACUGCGAAACACCGCCGGUUUAGUCAAGAAAACGCUGAUAUUCAUCCAUCACCUGAGUACCACUACCCAGUAGAGGAGCGCCGCAGGCCCACCGCUUCCGAUCAAGCUGUGAAACGCCGCAAAUUUAGGCAAGGAAGUGACGUUUUCUUCCCAAAUCAGCCUCACCCUAGCGACGCCUCCUGGCGUGGACCACCUCCGUCGGAAGAGACACGACCUGAGAAGCCUACGAGUGGAGAGGAGCGCCAGCGCGGACAAAGAUUGUUCAGCAACCUAACAAAUGCCCUCUCGCGCAAGCAGACCGACAUUGCGCAAAAGACUCGUGAGGGGCGUCGAGAGCAGAUUGAAUUACGACAGCAAGCCAAAUUGAAGGCGGACACCUUUUUGUGGGAGUCUAAUCGCCAACGGAAGAGACGAACUGAGCGUCACGAGAUGGCUGAGGAUAUGGCAAAAGCUUUUCGAGAGAGAGAUGCCAUGAUGGCUCGGCAUGCGAAGAAUCUUGUGGAUGCUCGGUACUUGAAGACUGUGACGGAGCCCGUUCUGCUCUGGAGACCCGCCAAACUUCGAGAUGGUGAUGAAGAGACCAUCCGGGAUCAAAUUGAAUAUGCUGAGCGUACGAACGCCGCUGAGUACGCCGAAUUCAUGAAAAAGUACCCGGCUCAGACUUUCGACAAUGUGGAAUUUGAGGCAGGGAUGAUGAACGGAGACAUCCAGCCCCCAAAGGAGGAGCCCGAGUCUGUUGUUGAUACCGGUACCACUUCAGUUCCAAAGACAGAAUCAAAGUUUCACAUUGAGGAGAGCACUGCUGACAUUUUUGGAUCAAAGGAAAUGCAGGAAAAAGAUUCCUGCGAUACGAUGACACGGGAAACGAGAUUUGGUGUUGAAAGCGUGGGCUGUCUCAAAUGA